AUGUCUUCUCCACACAUUGAAUGGAGUUGUUCUGAAUGUCGAUCAGUUAUAACUGAUCAACGAAAAUAUUGUGCUGUUUGUCACUCAAUGUUACGAUGGACAUGCAAUGGAUCAGGAAGAUCAGGCUUAUACACUAAUUAUUAUCGGCAUCGUGGUAGCUGCAGUUCCUGUAUUGUAGAGAUGGACGAAGAUCAACAACAAGAGAUACGAGAUAAACAACUUUCGAUUCAACAAGAAUUUCAUACGCUCGAUGACAAACAACGUCCAUGGUCAGAAUGGCAGCGAAGUGAUGAAUCUUGUGUGCAACAUACUGGACUUGAUGUUGAACAAGUACAAGAAUUAUAUGAUAUGUGUGAAGAACCACUUAAAAAGUAUUGUCUUCAUCGACAUGAGCAACAAACAGAUAUUACCGACAGAUCAUAUUUAUCUCCUAUGAAUUUACUCGUAGUUACAUUAUGGUACUUGAAGCAUUAUCAUUCAAACCGCUACAUUUCUACAGAGCUGAAUUUGGGUCAAUCAACAGUGAAAUAUUUCUUAACAGAAGUUCUGGAUAUAUUACAUUCAUGUGUAUAUCAGGAAUUAGUAUCUUUACUAGCUGAUUUAGCUAGUAGAAGAAGUAAACAUGGACCUCAACAACAUCACAAGUUAAUAGUUGAUUCAACUUCUAUUGCGAUUCCCGAGCCUUCUGAUGCAAACCAACGUAAAGCAUAUUAUUAUGGAAAAAGCUCAACGAAUUAUGCCAUAAAAGUCCAAAUAACUUGUGACUUUAACCAUCACAUAGUACACGUAUCAGACUGUUAUCGUGGUAGUAAACAUGAUAUUACAAUUUUAAGAAAUUCUGGACUGUUGGAUUAUGUAGAAGAAUCAGUUCAAAUUAUUGCUGAUAAAGGAUAUAUCGUACAACAAUUGGUUAUAAAAAUUUACAUAUUGAUAUUUAUUGUUUAUCAUCAUCACUUACAUUUUUUUUUUGAAAUUGUCGAUGAAAAAGUAAUUGAUACAAAAGAAUUUCGAGAAUUUGAAAAAAAUUGUAUUGUUCCAUCAUUAAACCAAUGGAUACCAACAACCACCACAGAUUUUGAGUAUUUCAUGUCAAAUUUAGAAACCGAAAAUUCAUAUACACCAUUUGGUGACCAAUUAUUGACUUAUACAUUACAAGAAGAAGAAUCUUCUCCUUAUUUUAUUUAUUGUAUUAAACACAAUUUAUUUUCUAAUUCAAAAUUUGCUGAAUGGUGGUCUCAUCUUGAAAUAUUUCUUAUAUUUUUUCUUAAUAAUGUAUUAACUAUAAAUGAAGAAGAUCAAAAUUGGUUUAUUUAUCUUCUUUAUCAACAAUAUCAAAAUGAUAAUAAUCAAAUAUGUUAUGCACCGAUUGGAUUUACUAAAGUUUAUCUUCAUUAUACUUAUUCCAAUAAAAAACGACCAAAAAUUAGUCAAAUGUUAAUUUUACCACCAUAUCAAAGAAAAGGUCAUGGUCGACGUCUUUUGAAAUCUAUUUAUAAUGAUUUACGAAAUGAUUCUCGUGUUCAAGAUAUUACAGAAUCAAUUAAUAAAGUAAAUCGAUUAACAAAAGAAAUGAUUGAUAAAGCACAAGAAGUUCGUAAAUUAACUAAACAACGAACACGACAUGUUUAUGAAAAUGUAUUUUCUUCGAUCAAUUAA